AUGGAUUCAUACGAUGCUAACCUGCUUGCUCCCACCCUGUCCCGGGGCAGGCAGGAGUCAAGACGUUCUUUCACCCGACGACUCUCUUCUCUAAGCGCCAACCGCUCUGAUUUAUUCGCGGGGCCAGCUGUGGUAGCUCCUCCAGAGCUGCUGGAGAGGCCAAGCAAUGCUCACGAUACCGCCCUGGCCAUGGAGAUGGCUAAGCAUCGGCUAGGAGAGGACGACGUUGCUACACCUCCAGAGACAGGACCACACACUCCCGAAGAAGGGGUCCAACCAACGACAGACAAGUUCGCUUUUGCAUUUGAUAUUGAUGGUGUUCUUAUACGAGGCGGAGAGGUCAUUCCAGAGGCGAUCGACGCAAUGAAGCUUCUCAAUGGACAGAACACAUAUAACGUCAAAGUGCCGUAUAUUUUCGUGACCAACGGUGGUGGCAAGACUGAGGAGGAACGAUGCAUCCAGUUGUCACAACAACUGCAGAUGGAAGUCUCUCCAGGACAGUUCAUCUGUGGCCACACGCCGAUGAGAGAACUGGCCGAGAAGUACAAGACAGUCCUGAUUGUGGGUGGAGAGGGAGACAAAGUACGCCGAGUUGCACAAGGAUAUGGUUUCAAAGACGUUAUCACACCCGGAGAUAUUAUCAAAGACAACAAAGACACCACACCCUUUCGAAAAUUGACUGCGGAUGAGAUCAGCCACUCGGUCGCGAGAAACUAUGGUGAAAUUGAUAUCGAAGCCAUCUUUGUCUUCGCAGAUUCGAGAGACUGGGCAGGUGACCAACAAAUCAUCCUCGACCUCUGCAUGUCGAAGAACGGCCGGCUAGGCACACGUUCAGAGACUUUCGAGGAAGGGCCCCCUGUCUUCUUUGCACACAACGAUGUCAUCUGGGCGACUUCUCACACAUACUCACGCAUUGGCAUGGGCGCUCUGAGAGCAUCCCUGGAAGCUAUGUUUAAAGCCAUCACAGGUAAAGAGCUGAAGACCGUCGCUUUCGGAAAACCACAAGUGGGCACAUUCGACUUCGCUACUCGGUUGUUGCAACAAUGGCGCAAAGACACUCAUGGUAUCGAUCAGCCACCUUCCACGGUAUACUUUGUCGGAGACACGCCAGAGUCUGAUAUCAGAGGCACAAACGAAUACGAUGCUUCAGAUCGUUCGACUUGUGAUUGGCACUCGAUAUUGGUGAAGACUGGAGUUUACCAGGAGGGAACCGAACCCCAGUUCAAGCCAAAACAUACCACUGCCAACGUGCUCGAGGCGGUUCAGUACGGCAUGCAAAGGGAGUAUGAAAAGGCAUUGAAGGCGACUUCGAAUGGCGUCUCAGCGCCGCAGAUCGAGGACAGUGUCAUUGAGGAGUGA